UUCUAUUCUAUCUCUCCACCACCAUUUUUCAUUGCGUGCAUGAGCUCCAAUAGCUUCUUACGCUUCACCAGUACAAUAAAUAGCAAUUGGUCGGUUGUAAAACUCGAAACGAGCUAAUCGUGUUUUUUAUGACAUUUCUUGACAAAAGUCUAAUGGUUAUGCGGUGUUUAUCAUUUUUAUUUAAUGUGAAUUGUGUUUGAAAUUUAAUCAUUUGACUACAGUUAUUUACAAACAAACAAUAGUGUGUUUUGAAAUCGAAAUGUUUGACUUUUAUAGUAAAGUUGUUUUAAAUGCUUUGUUAAUUUAUAUAAUUGUUAUAAAAACAGUUACUCCAAAUGUUAUUAACAAAAAACCAGGAGCAUAUAAUAGUUGGAUUUCUGAUCAAGGAUUGUAUGAUUCUAAUGAUGAUAUUACAAUUUUAAAUGUUACUAAUUUUAAAAAUACUAUUUAUGGAAGUAAAAAUGCUUGGAUAGUUGAAUUUUACAAUGCAUAUUGUGGACACUGUCAAAAGUUUGCUCCGAUAUGGAAAGCUGUAGCACGAGGAAUAGUAGGCUGGAAAGACAUAAUUGAAGUAGCAGCUGUAGAUUGUGCCGAUUAUGAUAACAAUGCUUUGUGUAGAGAUCAUAAAGUAAUACAUUAUCCUACAAUAAGAUACUUUCCUCCUUAUUCUAAGCCCGAAAUGGUAGGAGAAAAUGUAGAAAAAGGAGACAGUGAAGAAACCAUGAGGCAUAAAAUAAUUGCACAAUUGCAAAAAGAACAGAUUGAAGAAAAAGGUGUUUCAUGGCCCAAUAUAACACCUUAUAGGAGCUCAGAACCACAUGAUACAUGGAAAGGGGUUCCUGAUACAGUUUUAUAUAAAUUUUAUCUAUUUGAAGAGAGUGAUUCCUUUUUAGGAUCAGAAGUAAUUUUAGAUUUACGUAAUAUAACUAAUAUUCAAAUUCGCCGUAUAAUUUGUAAUGGCCAGUGGCUUUGUAUGAUGCAUAAAAUAACAAAUUUUCCAGCACUAGUGGUUUACAGUCGAGAUGGAAACCACAGUAGAUUAAAAAUAUCUGUGCCAACAAGGCUGGGUGUUGCACAAGUAGUUGAAGAUUAUUUGAAGUCUAAAGGAUUGAUAAUUAAUGCAAAAGAAAUAAAUGAGCCGAUAAUACAUGAAAAAACACAAAUAGUGAGAAGAAAUCAAACAAAUACUUCAUUUAAAUUUAUUGGAGAUGUACUCUAUCAAGCAGAUUUAGAUUUAGCAUUAAAAUAUUCAUUAGAAAGAGAAAUUCCACUGGUGAAAACAAUUGAUGGAUUGAAAAUGAAAGCCUUGAAAGAUUAUUUGAGAGCUUUAGCCUUAUAUUUUCCAAUGAAGCAUGGUAAUCCCGCUUAUCUUCCAUUCAUUCGUGAUGCAAUUGAAAACAAAACGAUGAUUAGUGGAGGCGAUUUUCGAGAAUUAGUUGAAUCAGCUGAAAAAAAAAUGCAUCCAGUUUAUUCCGGAAAAGAACAGUGGAUCAGCUGCAAAGGAAGCAUUUCUAAUCGACGAGGUUAUCCUUGUGGACUUUGGAGUUUAUUCCAUACUCUGACGGUCAAUUAUGCGGCUGCUGAUGAAGAAGAUACUCCAGUUGAUACUCCAGAAAGAAUUUUAGCAGUAAUGUAUGGAUAUAUAAAGAAUUUUUUUGGCUGUUCUGAUUGUGCUGAACAUUUUGUUGAGAUGGCAGAGAAGCAGAAAUUAUUUGAAGUUGAAAGUACUGAUGAAGCUGUGCUCUGGCUUUGGAGAGCACACAAUCAAGUUAAUUCACGCCUCUCUGGUGAUAUUACUGAAGAUCCUGAGUUUCCGAAAAUUCAAUAUCCAUCGAAGAAAGAUUGCCCACAGUGUAGAAAUGACGAUGGUACUUGGAAUGAAGUUCAAGUAUUUAAUUAUCUUAAGAAAAAGUAUACAACGAUUCAGUCAGAUACUUCUGUAGCCGAAUUACAUCUUGAUAGAGAUGAAUUUACACGUAGCAGAAAUGUUACAGAUCAACAUAAAGUAGGAUGGGACUUUACAGUUUUUGAUAUAAGUAUUUGUGUAAUUAUUUAUAUUCUUUCAGCAACUAUUCUCGUUCUCGUCUGUAUAAAAUUUGUCGUUAAACGUUCUUCCAAAAAGAAAUUACAAAUACAAAACCUGUUGGGAAAGGUAUAGAUCAUAAUAUAUUUAUAUUAUUGUGA